AUGGCGCCUGAGCGGAAUCCUUCCGAGACUACCCCGUUGCUGGUGUCCGGCAACGGCACUGCGACUACGGGAGCAAUUGACAUCCCCCAUGAAGAGUUGGCAGAACCAAGACAAGAUGAGGAUGAUCAGGUUAAACAGCCGUUUCAAGAUACACAAACUCAACUUAAAUAUGUUGUUCCUGCAAUUUCAUUAGGUGUCUUCAUGUCCGCUGCGGAUCAGACCAUCAUCAUGGCCAGUUAUGGUCAGAUUGGUAGUGACUUGAAUGCUCUGAAUUUGACCAGCUGGAUUGCCACUUCCUACUUCCUUACCCUAACCUCGUUCCAACCACUUUACGGGAAAUUAAGCGAUAUCUUUGGCCGGAAGCCGUGUCUGCUUUUUGCUUAUGCCAUUUUUGGACUUGGCAAUCUUGGCUGUGGCCUUUCACGUAAUAUCAAUGAGUUGAUUGCGGCACGCGUGUUGCAAGGCAUUGGAGGUGGCGGGAUGACUACUGUUGUCUCUAUUUUGAUGAGUGAUCUGGUUCCCUUGCGCGAUCGAGGUCUUUGGCAAGGGAUUAUAAAUAUCGCCUAUGCCACUGGAUCAAGCACAGGUGCACCUCUGGGUGGCAUUCUGGCUGAUUAUAUCGGCUGGCGUUGGGCUUUCCUGGCGCAAUUUCCCGUCUGCAUCAUGGCUAUAAUUUCCGUAUCCCUCAUGCUUAAGCUUCCAGCCAGCGAAAAUACACACUGGAAGACGAAGCUAAAGCGCAUUGACUUUCUUGGCGCUAUUGUCCUCGUUGGUGCUGUUCUAGGCUUCCUGGUAGGCUUGGAUCGUGGCAGCAAUGUUUCAUGGACCAUGCCGUUGACCGUCAUUUCCCUGGGCGUGUCGGCCUGCCUCUUCAUUCUCUUUAUCCUGGUGGAAACCUAUGUCGCAACCGAACCUUUUGCACCAGGUCACAUCAUAUUCAACCGUACAUUUUUCUCCCUCUAUUGCUGUAACUUCUUCAGUUUUGGGGGCUGGCUUGCCAUACUGUUCUACAUCCCGCUCUAUUUCCAAGCAGUUGAUGGUGUGUCAGCUACUAUUGCUGGAGUGCGCUUAUUGCCCAGCAUUUUGGCCGGUGCAUCCGGCUCAAUUUUCUCUGGACUGAUCAUGAGAUGGACUGGAAAAUAUUAUUGGCUCACACUUGCAGCAUACUCAUGUUUGACCUCAGGCUGUUUCCUGAUCUACAUUUCUUCGGGUGGUGCCAUGACAAGCACCAUUGCCAUGGUGAUUGGGAUGGUCAUGUCAGCAUUUGGCAAUGGAAUUGGAGUCACAUCGACAUUGGUCGGCUUGAUAUCAAACUCCACUGUCGAAGAUCAGGCCGUGGUCACUGCUUGCUCUUAUUUGUUCCGGUCCAUGGGUUCCAUGAUUGGGGUUUCACUGUCUUCAAGUGUGGUCCAACAGCUUUUGCGGGAGCGACUUCGAUCUGACUUGCAUGACAGCAAGAAUAUUGAUGAAAUUGUUAAUGGUGUUCGAGAAAGUCUUGACUAUAUUAAAAAGUUAGACCCGGAGAUCGCCAAGAUUGUCCGUAACUGCUACGCGUGGUCGACUAACAAGGGUUUCGGCUUUCUGACCAUUGUGGUGUUUUUCGCCUUUUUCAGUGCCUGCUUUAUCCGCGAGGCCAACCUAAAGCGGUGA